CUUCGUGACAUUUACGAAACAAACAGGAAAGCUAGUCAUUCAUCCGCCAUAUUGGAAUCUUCUUUCAUUGUGGAGUGAGAAAUUGCAUCUACAAUAAAUUAAAUAAAUCGAAUGGCGGGGCUCCCAAGAAGAAUUGUAAAAGAAACGCAGCGUUUGAUGCAGGAACCAGUUCCUGGAAUUAGUGCCGUUCCAGAUGAAAAUAAUGCCCGAUAUUUCCAUGUAGUUAUUAAAGGACCGUCAGAGUCACCAUAUCAUUCAGGAUUAUUUCAAUUGGAAUUAUUUCUUCCUGAGGAGUAUCCAAUGUCAGCUCCUAAAGUUAGAUUUAUGACCAAGAUAUAUCAUCCUAAUAUAGAUAAACUUGGUAGAAUUUGCUUAGACAUACUUAAAGACAAAUGGAGCCCAGCUUUACAGAUACGAACCGUUCUACUAUCCAUCCAGGCUCUGCUUAGUGCACCUAACCCUGAUGAUCCAUUAGACAAUAAUGUUGCUGAUCUAUGGAAGUGUAAUGAACAACAAGCCAUAGAAACAGCAAAAGAUUGGACUAGAAAAUAUGCGAUGGCAAAGAACAAUAAUAUUCAAUGAUAUUGUGUUGAUAAAUAACUGAGAUGCAUUGACAAUUUGUGAAAGAGACACAACACUGUUAGCCGUCAAACAACUUAAAGGAAAAGGGCUCAACUAGGUACAUUUUGUUGUUUGAGCUUUUUAAAGUGUGUCAUCAUUGUUUUGUGAAUAUCAGAGACUAUGUAUAUUUUUGUCAACCCUGACAUUCACAAUUAAAAAAAGAUUUUUUUUGUUUUGUUCUGAUGCUGCACAUAUUAUUGACACCUAUUAUGUACCGAAAUGUAUUAUUACCAGAUUUAUCUGUAAGAAGACCAUUUUUCAUAAUUUUUUUGAUUCCAGUGUAAGGUCUAAUCAAAUUUUAAUUCAAAAUCAUCUUUAAUACAUUUGUUGUCUGUAUAUAUAUAUAUAUAUAUAUAUAUAUAUAUAUAUAUAUAUAUAUAUAUAUAUAUAUAUAUAUAUAUAAUAACUGUUCUGUUUUUCCCCUAUAAAAAUUAAACUGUAUUGUACUGAUUAAGGUUAUUUUCAAAUUAUGUUUUACAUGUUAAAUAAAUGUGUAUGUGAAUUUGUUUGUGAACUACACAAACUUGUAAACAUGAUCCAUUGAUAUUUCUUUAAGGCAUUUUCAACUCAAACAGAGAACUCCAACCAAUGCCAUUUGAUAUGUUAUCUAAUAUUAGAAUAUAUUCAAAAAUGUGCAGCACAAAAUACAAAUCAUUUCAAAUUUUAUCAGCAAAUUGAGACGCUGGCCGGAACAUGAUAUGAGUGGAAUUACUAGUCGCGUUGCUAUAGAUAAACAAGAGGCAGCAUGUUAUUUGAUUCAACGACUUGCUUAUUGUGUAUUCACAUAACCACAUUAUAAGAGUAUGGACAGUAAUUAUUAUAGAACGAGGAUAAGGUUUUGUUGACAGUUACCCAGAUUGUUACAUCCAACAUCUUAAGUUGUUAGUGGAAAUGAUUUGUAUUUUGUGUAGUAUAUUUUAAUAUUAGAUAAUGGAUAAAAUAUAAACAAAAGGGAAGUUAUGUUGAUGGAAUAUUGAUUGUGUCUGUAUUUAGAUUGAAAUAUAGAUACAAAACAAAUUUAUUAGAUAAUUUAAAAUGUAUUUAUGAGCUGGAUAUAUAUAUAUAUAUAAGAUUGAACUUACAUUAAAAGAAAUUUGCCAGCUGAUGGUCUGACUUUUUUUAUUUUUAAACUAGCAAUAUUGCUUGAUAUACACAACAGACAGAACAUUGCUUUAAAUAAAGCUUAUACUUAUACUUUGUAUUGUUUCUUGAUAUGUUAAUGACCUACUAAUUGCCACUUUUACAAUGAAUACCCAGUUCAGAAUUACUUUAAGGUGAAAUACCACUUAAACUCGAGUCAAAACACAUAUUGUGGUAAUUCAUCAUAAGGUAAUUCUCAGAACUUAUUCAUUUAAUUGUAAUCUGCCCCAUAAGCAGAAUAUUCUUUAAACUUGCAGACCGUAUGUCAUUAAUGUGUGAUUUAUUGUCUCUAUGCAUUCUUUAAUAUAUAGAUGUAGUUACAGUCCUAACUCGUACCAAUUUAAGAGAUAUUUUUUUUUUCAUAACUAUUUUAUGUUAAAUAGCCCAAACUAGUUUAACCAAUUUUGAGAUAUUUUCCUGUUGACACAAAACUUGUAAUACUUUCCAGUGUAAAAUUAAUGGACAUGUUGAUACUGAUGCCAGGUUCGGUUUACAAAAAAACUAUAAAUGAAAAAUAUGUAUUUGUUUCCACCAAUUGUAUUUUUCAUAUUGGAUACUUUUUCAAAUCGAGUUAUGGAAGAUGUUUUGGCAUACAACUAUGUUAAUGAAACUUAAAAAAACAUGUUUGUGUCACAAUUUUCUUUUAUUGUGAAUAAUGAAUUCCCUGCUGUAUUUGGUUGUUCCUACAUUUUAUCGUUGAAAAAAUUUAGUCUCCCGUCUGUAGCAUUUCACAAUUAGUUAAGAUGUGAUUCGGGCAAUAAAUGUUAUGACAAAAUCCAUCUGAUUAGUGUGGUUACAGUCUUUAAAUUGAAAUUUAAUUAAGGCGUUCUGUAAUGUUCUUAUUUGUAAAGGAAUAACUUAGUUUACAUGUAAUCACAGUAGAUAUUUUGUUUAGGAAUGUUACAAAUUCUUGUAUCUGUAAAUCAAAAAUUGGUCUCUGUAAAAGUUUAAAUUAAAAAUAAAAAUACUUAUAUAUGA